CAAUAUUUAAGUUAAUUUCUUUCAAGUGUCGAAACGUUUGCAUUCUCGUACUAUCUUCAGUUGAGCUCUUCUCCCGUCGAUACCUUUACCAUUAUUUCCCACCUCCUCGAUCAGAUCCGCCGAGAACCGCCGACGUCUCAAAUUUCCCAGAAUAAUCAUGUACGCCAGGCCCUAAUCACUUCAUACUUCACCUGUUCCUACCAGGAUUGAGCCGGCAACCACUGCCUACCAUCAACAACCGACGACUAAACUCAGGAUUUGAAAGUCUCAUUGAAGUUUCAGUUUUGAGAAAAAAUUCUCGUUUGGUUUUUGCUUCAAACCUUGAAGUCUAUUUGGAGAAGCUCAAUCUGAUUUUGUCUGUGAGCAAAUGGGGCUUCUCAGCAUUAUUCGAAAAAUUAAAAGGAAGGAAAAAGAAAUACGGAUACUCAUGGUCGGGCUUGACAAUUCUGGCAAGACUACCAUUGUGCUGAGAAUUAAUGGAGAGGACACCAGCGUUGUCAGUCCCACACUCGGUUUCAACAUCAAGACCAUCAUUUACCAAAAGUAUACCCUCAACAUAUGGGAUGUCGGGGGCCAGAAAACAAUAAGAUCGUACUGGAGAAACUAUUUCGAGCAAACUGAUGGUCUGGUAUGGGUAGUUGACAGUUCAGAUCUUAGAAGGCUAGAAGACUGCAAAGCGGAGCUCGACAAUCUUUUGAAGGAGGAGAGGCUUUCUGGAUCAUCCUUGUUGAUACUAGCAAACAAGCAGGACAUAAAAGGUGCCCUUGCUCCGGAAGAAAUUGCUAAGGUUUUGAACUUGGAGGCCAUGGAUAAAACUCGGCAUUGGCAAAUUGUCGGCUGCAGUGCAUUCACCGGUGAGGGACUGCUUGAAGGAUUCGAUUGGUUGGUCCAAGACAUUGCCUCUCGGAUCUAUGUUCUUGACUAGUGGCAAUUUUAAGUCACUGGAAGGCAAUGGACGUCACAAUCCAUGGAUUGGCAGAAUAUGUUUUUUCGAUUUCGUUUAGCAACAGAAGAACCUGAACGGAAACUUGAAGUGCUUCAAAAAAGAAGGUGCUCGGAAAGCAACAGCAGGACCGUUCUGUAAUGAAUGACGCGAAAACAAGCUAUGUUUACAUUUAUAUUAUGUUGACAAGAACUUUCAUAUGUAGUUAUGAACCGGAAUGACGUAUUGGCCCGUUUGGGAUUGUUUCUAACUAAGAGUGUUUACGAGUACAAGUGUUUCCUAUGGAAUUAGUCAAUGAGACGAUGUUGUGUAGUGGUUCAAACAAGUGGUUAAUGUCGUUUAAAUUA